AUGGUUGUUGUAAUUGAAAUUGGAAAUAAAAGCACAUCGUCAUACCUUGCUCUAAACGCAAAAAAGGAGUUCAUAUUGCAAAAUACACCAGCCUAUUGGUCAGCGCAAAACAAUUUCUUGACUGGAAGAUUCUUCGCUAACCUUCGUUUAUUUUAUAUAGGAAUCGAUUCUACGACAGCAGUAAAAACAAAAGAUUCAUUCUAUAUUUUUAAUGUCAAACGAAAAGUCGCUAGUACUACUGGUAAAUAUUAUGAUACAAUAACUCGGACUGAUAAUAAUGGAGUAACUUUUCUUAUAAAACGAUUGGACGCAACAACUAUUGAUCUGAUUGAUGUUCAAGGAAAAACUGAUGAUGAUUUAUAUAAAGAUAUUGAAGAAUGCUCACAAGUUAGAAUUAGAACAUUAUCAUCUGAAUUACAUGCUUUUUCUUUUGAAAAUGUUAUACGUCAACACCAAUAUAGUUUAGAUGAGUAUUUAACAGCAAUCAAUUAUAUAGCAGGAACAAUAACACAAACAUGUCAGACUUAUCUUGAAUUAGUCUUUGGUAUUGAUACAAUCACACGAGCAUUUCAUAAAUCAUCGUCAAAUCAUCAAAUAUUAAAUGAUAUUUCAUCAUGCUUAACAGCUUAUUCACAAUGUACAACUGUUUACCAUCAAGAUUCAACCUUACAUGCAUAUGUACUUGAUUCAUGUAUUUUAAAAUUAACAAUACCUACAACAGAUCCUGUUCCAUUCAUUAGCGUUGCUGGUGAAAAUUUACCAAUUGUAUCUGUGACAGUUACCAUCAAUGCACCAAACACAUUGGCAGCUGAAUUAGUGUUUUCAUUAAUUCUAGUAUCUGAUUUAACUACAGACGAAACAAUGGAGUUAAAAUUAAAAUUAAAUGUUAAAAAUGAUCUUAUACAACCAGGUUAUACAAAUGUUCUAUUAAGUGAAUAUUUAAGAUUAGAAUGGCCCGAUUAUAUAAAAAAUGAAAAUUCAACAAAACUUUUUAAUGUGAUGAAUUUUUUAUUAGGUAGUGAUGUCGUAUUUCGACUAAUUUUUAUGAGAUGGCUAAUAUUUCUGAUAACAACAUUAAAUAUAUUUGAUUGUAACAUUGACUUACAUCAAUCAAUAGUUUAUUGUACAUCAUUACUAUCAAAUAAAACUCCUUAUGUUUCUCAAUGUAAAUUAAUUUUAUUAAAACCCUCCACACAAUUUACAUUCUGUAAUAUUGGUUUUGAAACAAAAACCAUUACAGUUUAUAUCGAAACUUCAACCAGAAUGAUCUUUCGAAUAACAGCUGUUGCAAUUGGAUUAAUUCCUGUUAUUAUUUCAUUCAACACAGAUUAUAGUAAUAAAUUAUUAAUCCAAAUUGAUACAUCAACAUCACAAUAUAUCGAUCAAAUACAAAUUAAAUCUCUUAUUUCACAAUUCAAUACACAACUCUCUGAUCAAUGGGAUACGUUAAAUGUAUCUUUGUUAAAUACUCUUUUCAAUACCGUAAAAAUACAAUCAGCCAGAUUUAUAGUGAAAAACGUUUCUGAACAAUGGAUAUUUGAAACAUUAGUUAUAAAAACUGAUUUAAAAGCACAACAACAAACAAUACUCACAAGUAUAUUACCAACAUUAUGGCCGAAAUUACAAAUUUCAUUCAAUGAUACAACAGCAAAUAUUAUUAUCCCAUUAGGUGAAUACUAUAUUCACAUGUCACACAAUAUCGGUUAUGAUAUACAAUCGACAAUGUUGAUAACAAAAAAUAUCGAUGAUAAGAAACUUACGAAAUAUACACCUGUUUAUAUUCGUUAUCAUCAAAUUCCAAUAGCAACAUUGAUGAAUGAUAGUCUUUAUACAAUUGAAAUAAAAGCUGUUAAUAAAGGUUACGUUAACUAUGAAAAAGAAAAAUAUUUUAAAUUUAUUAAUUCGAACGAACAAAUACAAGCAUCAUAUGCAAUGAUAACAACAGAUUUUAGUUUUGCUGAUGCAUUUACUCUAUUUAGUGUAACAGAAACAUUAAUACCACCGUAUCUCUGGUCUACAUUAAAUUCAUUAAAUAUUGAUUAUUUUUUAUUUGAAAUAGAAAAAUAUUUUCAUCUAUCAACACAAAAUUAUACACAUAACAUAAAUGAAUUUCAAUUUUCAAUUUAUGUUAAUAAACCAUUAACAAUUAUAUCGAAUAUUUUAGAAUUAAAAUCAUUUCAGUUAGAUGUAACAUAUCAACAGUCAGUUUUUAAUGCUCAUAUUGAAACGACAAUGGAUUUUCAUGAUGACACAAACAAUAAAAUUUAUAAAUGUUCAUUAGAAGCAAAUUUACCAACAAUUAAUACAUUGGGUAAAUUUAAAUUUGAUAAUACAAAUAAUUUAACAUUAAGUAUUGUAUUAAAACAAUUUUUAUCAAGUGAUAUUGUCAAUUCUAUUAGUACCAUACCACUAUUAGGUACGAUUAUCGAUCAUUGUAGUUUAGAACAAUUUGAUAUUGAUGUUAAAUAUCAAUCAGAUGAAGAUGGAGAACAGCCAGCCAACUGGGUUAUAUCUGCUGGUACAUUUAUUGUUACAGUAGCAAAUAAUAUUACAGCUGAGAUUGGUAAAAUCAGAUUAGAUAAUAUGAAAUUACUCAUAAAUUAUACAAAAGAUCAAUUACCAUUAGCUUGGGAAUUCGAAAUAGAAGCUACAGUUAAAUUUCCAGCAACAUCAUUAAACACUGUCACUGCUACACUAAAAUUAAACAAUCAAAAAGAUGAUGUAUUAAAUUAUUUAUUAAGCGGGUGUUUAGUUUCUUCGAGCGACAAAAUAAAAGUGAAUGAAACAUUGACAUUGUUCGUCCAAUCAAACGAAGGACAAUCUCUGGAUACAGACCCUGUUCUUCACAAUGUUAGUACAAUGUCAAUAGAUGAAAUUUCAUUUUGUGCUUUGAUACCAGUAACAAAUACUAAAGAAUGGAUAGUACAAAACUUUCCUUUACUAAUAAGUAAUCCAUUGACAAUCGAUACAUUCAAUUUCAAAAAAUUAUAUCUUAAUUAUGCACUAGAACCGAACACAACAACAAAUGAUCUUCACCCAUCGUCCAAAUUAUUACUGGGUGUUGUUAUGAAUCGAAUUCUACCAUCUGAAGAUGGAAGUCCAGUAUCAUUAUAUUCGAAUUCUGUUACAAUCGAAAUUAUAUGUGAUGAUUGUCAGUCAACAUCAUCACCUGAUUCAGUAUCCACUUCUUUGGUUUCGGCAAGAAUCAAACCGGACACAACAAUCAUUUCAGAUUUACUAACAUUAGUAAACUCGAUGCCCUUGCGCGACACCGGUCCUAAACUUUUGGUUAUACGUCUUUCUCAUGAUAUGAAAUGGGCAGCACAUAUUCGCGAAGUAUCAACAUCUUGUCGGAAAAUGCUUGGUGUUAUUGAUUAUAUCAUUUUACAAAAUUUACAAUCACUUGACUCCUCUGAAAUCUCAGGAUUAUCUUCCUAA